CUUCGGUUAGAGCUUUUUCUUACCUUGUUAAGUUUGCGUUUCAAAUUACUGCUCCGUUGUUUCACUGCUUUCAAUCGAUGGAUAUAAAAAGUUUGAUACUCGACAUAAUUUAUAUGAAACUUUGACCGGUAAGAUCGUGGUGAGGGGCGGGAGAUUGUGACGUGUUCAGCGUCGUAAAAGUGAAGGGCUGCGGUGUUUGGUAACAAGAUGGCCUUCGAUGCGGUGUUCAAGCGAGAGACUUGUAUGCGUUUUGUAGAUGAAACUCACAAUACAUAUAUUCUGAAACGAAUUGCGCGAAUGCGAGUCCAUUCUGUGUUAACAGAUGUCGUUCUUGUCGUAGAAGGCAGAGAAUUCCCUGCCCACCGAAAUGUGCUGGCUGCCAACUCAGACUAUUUCAUGGCCAUGUUCAGCGGACACAUGGCCACCACGAGUGAUAAAGUCUCUGUCAAAGAAAUCACCGCUACUGCAAUGGAGAUCCUCCUGGAUUUCAUCUACCGAGGUGACAUUUUGAUAACCGAGGAAAACGUCGAAGAUGUGUUCUGUGGUUCGUGUUUACUUCUGCUCGAGUUUGUCACUCAAUCUUGCUGCAAAUUUAUUCAAGAUCGUCUCGCUUUGAGUAAUUGCUGGGGAAUUCGUGCUUUGUCGGAUAAAUUCAACUGUAAUGAUCUAAUGAACCGGGCAACUACUUUUAUCGAGGAAAAUUUUGUAGAAGCUGCAAACUGCGAAGAGUUUUUGAUGUUGCCUGCUUCAGAUCUGGGUGAUCUUUUAAUUGAUGAUGAAAUUGUAAUAGCACGUGAGCAAGACUUGUACGAACUCUUACUGAAAUGGGUGGAACACAAUCGAGAGGUGCGGGUGAACUACUUCCCGUCGCUGUUAGAAAAGAUUCGUCUUCCUCAAGUUAAUCCUGAAUACUUUGAAGAAAUUAUUUCCACUGACGAUUUGGUUAUAGAAAACCCAGAGGUUCAAGAAAUCAUUUCGAAAGCUAGACAAUACAUUUACUCUCCUACAAAAUUAGAUGAAUCAGUGACAGAAACUGAGCCUUUUAAAUGGCAAAUCCCCAGAAGAUGUUUGCGAACUGUUAGUGUUCUUCUGACAGUUGCAGGACCAACAUGUGCUAUCUAUGAGGCAGAAAGUGAUGCAUGGCACAACAUCUCACGACUAAGUACAAGGCACUGUGCAGGUCUUGAGUCCAUGGGCAAAUUUGUGUAUGUAGUGGGUGGAAGUAAAGAGUGGAAGAGAAUGAAUACAUGUGAACGUUAUGAUCCAGAUCUUAAUGCAUGGAAUAUCAUGGCACCGAUGAAUGUACCUCGCAGUAAUAUUGGUUUGGUAGCUCUCAAUGGUCUUCUCUAUGCUGUUGGUGGAUAUGAUGGGAAAUCACCCAUAAGAACUGUGGAAUGCUAUGAUCCAAAGAUAGAUGAGUGGAGGUUUGUGGCAUCAAUGAACAAUCAGCGUGAUGGUGCCUGUGUUGUGACUGAAGGUCAUUGUAUCUAUGUCAUCAGUGGCUAUGAUGGAAACAAUUACCUAAGUUCUGUGGAAAUGUAUGAUCCAGGCACUGAUGUGUGGUCUUCAGGAGCUGUGGCUCCAAUUAUUGAACGACGGGAAGAUGCUAUGGCUGCUGUUGUUGACAACAAGAUUUAUGUUAUUGGUGGUUACCAUGGUAACACAUUCAUGCCAACAUGUGAAGCACUUGAUCUUGAUGACAAUGAGUGGAAUUUUAAGGCAUCACUGAGUGCCCCACGUUAUCAAGCUGGUGUGGCUGUUUUGAAUCGCAAGAUUUUCGUUUGUGGUGGAUGGACUGGGAAUGGAUUAGCCACCAGCUCUGUAGAAUGUUAUGAUGUCACCACAAACACAUGGUCAAUGGUAAGGUCCCUACCAACACCUGCAGCAGCCAGAACAGCUUUCUGUAACUUUCCUCGCAAAAUGAUUGAAAAAUUGAUUCCUGAAGAGCCCCAGAAGUCUGGUUCAAAUUUGGCACAGCAGAUGAAGCAUUCUUUAUCAAAGCAAGGACAGCCAUCUUGAAAAGUUUUGCUUCUUUUAGAUUAUUUACUAAAUAGGCAUUGUUGGAAAUAAGAGGCUACAUGCCCUUUCAAGAAGACAUAUGGCAAGAGCAAGUUAUAAACCACUGGCCCAUUGUGCAAGUACAAUUUUAGCCCUUUUUAUUAUACUGUGACAGUCCUUUUUCACAUAGGAAUUAUUUUUAGUUGAAAUGGUUUCCUAGUGAUCUGUUUUCCAAAAGCAAGGUUUGAAACAUAGUGAUUAGAUUUGUUCUGUAUUGACUUAAACCCAUAGGGAGUAUGGGGCUAUGACCUGAGCAUAAUACUCUUUUACAAAGGUUUUGGAUAAAGUUAUCCAGUGAUAUGUAAAGAUGUAGCAGGUUCACUCAUAUAGUUUAGGGAAUAUUAUCAUUUUUGUUAACUAUAUUGUGAAUUAAAGUUUGCUUUAAGAGUAGCAGUUUGAAUUUAAAAAAAAAUUGAGGAUUUUUAUGGCAGUGAAUUACAGAUAAUAAAGUAAUCUAAAGUUA